UCCCUCCGUCAACAUCCCAACAAACUUAACCACAAACAAGACCCAAAAAAAACAAAAAAACAAAAAAAGCCCUAAUUCUUGAUCUGACAAAGCUGUGUUACCUUAUCAACUAAUUCUGUCAUACCGAAGGACGAUUAUCUCCCUGCUGUAUUUUCAAACCUGAAGUUCUGCUCUUUUCACUUGGUUUCGUUACUCCACAGUGCCCAGAUCUUGAUUCUGCAUCGAAGAAUCCCAAUUCCGAGUGGAUGCUUUAGUGCGAAAUUUCGUAACGUGCUAUUAAAGCAUGGGUAGUAGUGAGAUGAAUAAAAGUUCAGAAGAGAAGGAGCCUAAGACACCUCCUGCUACUUCACAGGAGCAGCCUUCAACUACCAGCGCUGGAACAAUAAAUCCUGACUGGUCUAGCUUUCAGGCAUAUCCUCCUAUGCCUCCGCAUGGAUACUUGGCAUCAAGUCCCCAUGCCCAUCCGUAUGUGUGGGGUGCCCAGCAUAUUAUGCCUCCCUAUGGUACUCCACCACAUCCCUAUGUUGCAAUGUAUCCCCCCGGCGGAAUAUGUGCCCGUCCAUCAAUACCUCCGGGAUCUUAUCCUUUCAGUCCAUUUGCCAUGCCUGCUUCUAAUGGUAUUGCUGAAGCUGAAAAUAUACCCGCCAGCAUGGGAGGUGAUGCUAAGAUUCCUGAAGUGAAGGGAAAAUUGCCAAUAAAAAGAUCAAAAGGAAAUUUGGGCGGUUUGAAUGUGACCACUGGGAAGAAUAAUGAAUUAGGUAAAACACCAAGGAUGUCUGCUAAUGGAAGUCAUCCUAAAAGUGGGGAGAGUGCAAGUGAAGAUACGAGUGAUGAAAGUGAUGCAAAUUCUCAGGAUGACCCUGAGUUCAAAUCAGGGGGACGGCAGGAUUCUUUGGAAGUUGAAGCAUCUCAAAAUGCGGUGUAUCCUCCUCAAGAUGGGGAACAUACACAUCAUCGAGGGAUUAAUCAACCUAUGCCUAUCUCUCUUGCUGGUGCUCCUGGAGCAGUUCCUGGUCCCACAACAAACUUAAACAUAGGAAUGGAUUAUUGGGGAGCACCAACUUCUUCGGCUACUCCUGUGCUACAUGGAAAGGUUCCCUCUACUGCAGUUGGGGAGGGGAUGGUCACUGCUGGAUCACAGGAUGGUGUUCAGUCACAACUUUGGUCACAGGAUGAGAGAGAGCUUAAAAGACAGAGGCGGAAGCAAUCUAACAGGGAAUCUGCUCGCAGAUCCAGGUUGCGGAAGCAGGCUGAAUGUGAGGAACUAGCCCAGCGAGCUGAUUCUCUGAAAGAAGAAAAUGCUUCUCUCCGUUCAGAAGUGAGUCGAAUCAGGAGUGAGUGUGAGCAGUUGCUCUCGGAGAACGCUGCACUUGAGGAGAGACUGGGGGAAUUACAUGGCAAAGAAGAUCUUGGGUCUAGCCGGAAUGAUGAAAAUGUGAGUGAUGAACCUCAACAGACUGGGCAAGGGGAGGAUGUGAAGGAUGGUCAUUAGAUUUAGCUCCCAUGCUGUUUGUUGCUUUUAAGGAAUAUCAACUAACCAAUUACCGACAGGAAGUUCUUUUUAAAUAUAGCUUGUUGUUCAAACUGUAUUUUAGAACUUGCAGUUAAUAUACGAGUCUUAGGAUCUGUUUUACCUGCUGUAACAUACUCCAUUUCUAAUUCGGCUAGGUUUAGUAGUCAAACCAUGCUGAAUUGGAUCUUUGUAUGUAUAGUGAAAAGUGUAUAAUUCGUUCUAGAUUUGAGGAUGGGUGAAGCCUUUCCUAUAA